GAUCCUGAGACUGAUGACAGUGCUGAUUGGAAGGAGACCAGAGAACCUCAGUCAGCUUUAAACUCUCUGAAACAUGAUUCAAGAUGUAAGAAAACGUUCAGCUGCUCUGAGUGUGGGAGAAGAUUUGGCCGCAAGCAAAAUCUGAAGAGUCACAUGAGAUCUCAUACAGGAGAGAAACCUUUCAGCUGCUCGGUCUGUACGAAAUCUUUUACAUACAGUGCAAAUUUACGGUCACACAUGGCAGUGCACACAGGAGAGAGGCCAUUCAUCUGCUCAGUGUGUAGAAAAUCUUUUAAACAGAGUGGAAGUUUAAAGAUGCACAUGAGAACUCAUACAGGAGAGAAAACUUUCAGCUGCUCUGAGUGUGGGAAAAGAUUUGCCCGCAAGCAACAUCUGCAGACACACAUGAUAACUCACACAGGAGAGAAACCUUUCAGCUGCUCGGUCUGCAAGAAAUCUUUUACAGAGAGAGGAAGUGUAAAGACACACAUGAGAAUCCACACAGGAGAGAAACCUUUUAUUUGUUCUGAGUGUGGAGAAAGAUUUUGCUACAAGUCAUAUUUGAAGACUCACAUGAUAACUCACACAGGAGAGAAAGCUUUCAGCUGCUCAGUCUGUAAGAAAACUUUGGCAGAUAGGGGAAGUGUAAAGGCACACAUGAGAAUCCACACAGGGGAGGAACCAUUUAGCUGCUCUGAGUGUGGAAAAAGAUUUAACCAGAACUCAAAUCUGAAGAGACACAUGAUAACUCACACAGGAGAGAAACCUUUCAGCUGCUCAAUCUGUAAGAAAGCUUUUACACAGAGUAGCCAUUUAAAAUAUCACAUGAAACAACACAAAGGAGAGGAACCAUCUACUUCCAGUGGGGACCAGGAGCAGUCAGAGAAUCUCAGCCAUGUUGGAACUCUCUGAACCAUAGAAAUAAAAUGGAUAGAAAGGGCAUUCAAAUCAACGUAGCAUAAUGGUCAGAGUGGCAGCGUUUUUUAUGUGUAACAUUGCCAUAGUAAUGUAUAAACUUCGACUAGGGCGGUCCCAAAUGAACGGAAUUUUUUUAACUAUUAAUUUAGCUAUAAUUUUUUCGAUUAGUCGACUAAUCUAACGAU